CAAGCACUGAAGAGACACAGACGGAGUUGCGCAAUCAGAGCUGGACUCUAAAAAAGGCAGAAAACCCUCAGUGCUCUUUCAGUCCUGCUGCUCAGCAGUCAAGCUGGAAUCAUCUGCACAGCAAAAAUCUGUUUUUGUUGUUUUUACUCUUUAGAGAAGUACUGAGGAGCUGUUCUAUCAGAAAAAAACAGCACAUUUUUAUUUUUAUUAUUAUUAAUUUGUGAAGACAUGCAUCGGUGCAGAGCAGUGCUGCUUCUGUUGAUGGUGACCUUAUACUUCUUCAGUGCAGAAGCCUACAAGUGCAGGUGCACCAGAAAAGGACCAAAGAUCAGAUACAAGGAUGUACAGAAGCUGGAGAUCAAACCCAAACACCCGUUCUGCCAGGAGAAAAUGAUCUUUGUGACCAUGGAGAAUGUUUCCCGGUUCAAAGGACAAGAGUAUUGUCUUCAUCCCAAACUUCAGAGCACCAAGAAUCUAGUCAAAUGGUUCCGCAUCUGGAAGGACAAUCAUAGGGUGUACGAAGCCUAAAGGUUUGGCUACAUGGCAUGCAUCACUGAAAUGAGGGGGAAAGAAGGCAACAACAAGAACACCACCACUGGGACUGUUUCUGUGAAGUAUAAGAUGUAAUCUGCAGUCAAACUGUACUUCUCCCUCUUUUGCCCGCCCAGCACAUUAAGAGAUGUACUUCAUGUAUAAGCUGCUGGGUUUGUUUUGUCACAGUCUCUGUCACUGCAGUGGAAACCUGUCAAAUAGUCUUUGAGACUUUAUCACAGUCUGUACUCAAACUGUUGUAGUCUAUUCAGUUAUUAUUUAAAAGGAGUACACGUACAUCUGGUGUGGGCUUUUUAGUGAGAAAUGUGUAAAAAUUCAAAAGAAAUGGGCAAACAUUA